CCGGUGUGCGUGCAUUUUUAAUGUAUGUCCUUGUUAGGGGCGACCCUGUUUGUCUGUAACUCGUUGUUCCCUUUAACGAUUCACAUGAAAAUGAGCCACAAACAGCGGCGUUACCGGUAACAGUAACGUUAAGGGUCGUAAUAGCUAUUUGUGUGCGCUCAUUCGCACGCGCUCUCUCCCUCAUUCAUACACACACAUCACUACAGUCGCCGCCGCACGCGCUCUCCGUCACAUCUGUGUGAGAGACGUGGUUGUCUUUGAAUAAGGGAUUAUCUACAUUUCCCCUCGGCUGACCGGGAGCCGCCAUGGAAUGCCGUGUUCUGUCCAUACAGAGCCAUGUAGUCCGGGGAUACGUGGGCAACAAGAGCGCCUCUUUCCCGUUACAGGUUUUAGGGUUUGAGGUGGACUCCAUCAACUCGGUGCAGUUCUCCAACCACACAGGUUAUUCUCACUGGAAAGGCCAGGUAUUGACGGCAGAUGAGCUGCAUGUUCUAUAUGAGGGAAUCAAACUGAACAACGUACACCAAUAUGACUAUGUAUUAACAGGGUAUACCAGAGACACGUCUUUUUUAGAGAUGGUGGUGGAUAUUGUUCAGGAGCUAAAGAGAGCCAAUCCUAAUCUGGUUUAUGUAUGUGACCCCGUCCUUGGUGAUCAUGGAUCCAUGUAUGUUCCUCAGAAUCUUUAUCCGGUCUACAAGAAUAAGGUUGUUCCUGUUGCAGACAUCAUUACUCCUAACCAGUUUGAGGCUGAAUUAUUAACAGGGAAAAACAUCAGCUCACAGAAGGAUGCUGUGGAGGUGAUGGACCUUCUACACGCUAUGGGCCCAGACACAGUCGUUAUUACUUCCUCUGAUCUUCCCCCCAGACUGGGAGACCGCUUCCUCGUCUCACUGGGUAGCCAGCGUCAUGUUCGUCCAGAUGGAAGCAGGACGACACAGAGAGUUCGAAUAGAAGUCCCCAAAGUGGACGCCGUCUUCGUAGGAACUGGAGAUUUGUUUGCAGCCAUGCUGCUUGCAUGGACACAUCAUUACCCCAAUGAUCUAAAGACGGCCUGUGAAAAGACUUUUUCAGUCAUGCACCAUGUUAUCCAGAGGACCAUAUCUUAUGCUCAUGAGUUGGCAGGUCCUGGUCGGAGGCCCAGUCCGCCUCAGCUGGAACUGAGGAUGGUUCAAAGUAAAGCCGACAUAGAAGAUCCUGCUAUAGUAACGGAGGCCACCAUCAUAUCCUAACAUUGACAUCCCAUAAGACUCAUACUAACUCCCCCGCCCUCUUCACCCCAUCGACUUCUAAAAUACUGUAUCUCAGUAAAAAGAAAAAAAAGCCCUUUAGCUUCAACAUGUCAUCAUCCAGACUUCUCAAACACUUUAGCAUCAUAACACCUCCCUCCUGUGAUCCUGAGACCUUUAUCCCUUUAAGUCCUCAGUGUCGUAACUGUUUAAACCAGAACCCCCCGACCUGUAACUACCAAGUUGUUUUGCCCUGACCCUGUUCUGGAACCAGAGCCAUGGAUAGACUGAAGCUUUGAUCUGAGUGGACUGUAUUCACUUAUGCUGACAGUAGCUGUGUUUCCAUUACAAAUGGGUGCAAAACUUUGUCAGUAUUCCGCUAAUGUAGAAAAAAUACAAUUCUGCAGUUGCAGUGUUACCAUUAAAUAAGAAACGCAUUUAAAAUCACAAGUGAAUAAGUUUGUUCAUUAGAAAACAUAACAUGCCAUGAUCCUUCAAAUACUUCUUUGUUUUUUGUCAGUUGCAACAUACAGUUGUUCAUCAUUUGAUUUGAGUGAUGCCAAAAAGUAUUUCCAUUGCAGUUUCGUGAAAUAAAUACAUUUUGUACGGUCAAAAAACCACCUCAUCCUAGUGCCAAAAUCUUUUAUAGACAAAUGGAGUUUUUUUAAAAAUUGUUUUUCCAUUAAGCAAAUUUAUUUUCAAAAUGUCAACAUGUACAAUUAUAUGGUCAAUGGAAACACAGCUAGUGAUGCAGUAUUGAACCUCACUCUCAGUGUUGCACUUAUGUGGAGGCUAAUCACACAAGCACAAAUAAUACACAAUGCCUUGCAAAAGUAUUCACUGUCUAUGUAUUUAUGCAUACCUUUGCAAGGUACUGCUAGGCGUUACAAAUUAGACUUUUUUUAAUCAGUUAUACGUUGAUUAUCAUUCUGAUAAUGCACAAUGCAGUAAACACCACAAAAUGUUAUAUUUAUUGUAGCAUUUGAUAACAAAAAUCAUUGAAAUAAAUAAACUUUAUUUAUGUAGCACAAAUUCACCACAAUGUCAUGUAAAUUGCAUUUGAGUAGAAAAAUUAUUUCAUUUCAAUCGCACAUAAAUUCCAAUAUACCUCAGUUAUCAAACAGUUCAUUAAGCUCAGUUUAUUGUUGAAAUUACCUUAAAAUGUUUCUGUCUAAGGAAACCCAGCAGAUUGUAUCGACUCAUUGACUUGCCGUCUUCACUUUGCCUGGACAGACUGACGGUAGACAAUCUCUUGCAUUGUCCCAAUAACUUUGCAACAAUCCUUCAUAUCAAGCAUGCAUGUUGUGACAGUGGAGAGAGAAAACUACCCUUUAACAGGAAGAAACCUCCAGAAGAAUCAGAACCAGAACCUGGCACAGAACCAUGGGUCAUCUGCCAUGACUGACUUGGAGUUUGAGAAGACAGAGCAGAAAAACAAAAAGAAACUGGAAAACUGAUGUAGACAUCAUAUUAGACCCAUUGCAGAGAGGAAUAAAGAGGAGUAAAUUUCCACCAAAAACCUCAGAAAUACUGAGAUUACUUACAGAAAUUUGCUAGAAAAAAACAAGAACAUUUCUUUGAUUAAUCUCAAAUCAAAGAAAUUUGAUUUGAGAUUGUCAUAACUUUCUAUGUUAAUGAAAAUUUAAAAGUUAGACACAGGCACAUUUAGUCAAACACACUCCUGAACCUCUCUGGUGAUCUCUGACUCUGACCGCAGUGAUUAAUCACUCUAGCUAUGGCUCUGUCUUCCUUUUACUUUGACCCCUUCUCCCCCAGUCUUACAGCAGUGACGUAAUGGUGACCAAGUCUAACCCUCAACAUAAAGAAGAAAAAAAAACUGCACAAUGUAUAGUUGAUGUAUAGAUGUUGUACUAUAAUUGUAUUGGACCAUCUGUAUGAUAUCUGAUCUGUCUGCUGGACCAUUGUGUUAACGCUAUUGUACUAUAGACCAGAUGCACAACAAUAUCACUAAGCAGAGACCAUCUGGGCUGGUUGUGGCACAGCCGGACACGUCAAGUCAUUGUAACUUCAUAGUUAAUGUCCGAUAGUCGUAGUGUCAAGUUGAGCUUAUUUCAUGAAGAGAAAACUGGGCGGCAGAGAGCUGCUUCCAACCCAGUCGGCUUCCAUGGUGCCAUAACCACCCCACAUCAUGUCGGCCACUUAACGGCCCAGUUCUGACCCAGAACCUUAUAUCUUAUAUCCAACCCUACCCCUCGAUAUGCUGCCUUUAGCUAAAUAUAUACAUUUUGACUGAAAUUAUUUGUAUUUUCUUUAGAUUUAACCACUGAUAAUGGCGCUUUUAUGGCCUCCCUUCCUUAUUUAUUAUUGAUGUGUGAGUACAACAAUCAGCUGCGUCUCUGUUAAUCACUGCAGCAGCUCAGAUGAGGCAGAUAUAAUGAGUCUGCAGAGUUUCCUGGGUGGCUAUUUUGCUUGUCUGCUGCAGAAGAGACCCAGCCAUCAAGUUAGGAGGUGUCGUCCACACAUAAUGAGUUCUGUUCAGAAAACUAAACAGGCAUCCACAUCAGAAAACAAUGUGGGUAUAAUAAUAACUAUGAUGAUGAUGAUGUGAGUGUUGAAAGGAGUGACUAUAGACAUGUUCCGUCUUAUUCAGGAAAUUUCGUUCAUGCGCACAAUUCUGGAGGGCAAAAAGGUCAUUCUUUUACUUGCCAUCCAUUGCCGCGUUGUUGCGGUAGAACAAUUCUGUUAACUAAGUGAAAUCUGGAAAUGUAGUUGUUAAUUCAGUGCAAAGCGCAAUGUGGCAACAGUUUUUCAGCAGAAAACUGUUGGAAAAAUAACUCAAAACCGCUUGUAUUCUUUUAUUUUCCUUGCUCUAUAUGUCAACUACGCUAUACACAGACUCGUUGUCAUAACAACUGACUGACAACAGCUUCACAAGAGUAUCAGGAUUCAACACCAAAACACAUACAGAACAGAACAUUUACUCUGUUACAUUAUUAUGUUUUCAAUCUUGAUGUUUAUUUUGCGAUUAAUAAGUGAUCAUCUGAACACAGCAGUGCUUGAUUAGCUAAUUUAAACACCUGCUCUACUAAUGAUUAGUAAGAGAGUUGGUGGGGGAGUCGGGUUUUUUUUAACUGAGCCGGAACACACUAAAUUCUGCAGCACAUCUACAUCAUCCUCUCCCUCAUCAUUUUUUUAAUUAGAGCUCUUUACUGACCUGUGAAAUGUGACACCUUUAGACCUUUUUAUCUAGUUGUAGUAUUGGGAAUUAGUAGCAAAACACUGCGUCCCUUUUUCUUUUAUAUAUGACACGUACAUUUAAAAUUUAGCACCUUAUGUUGACAGCUAAAACUAAUGUUAGUUAUCACCAAGCACGUUUUCUUGCUCCUGACAUCAAGCUGCAAUGUGGGAUAAUUCAUUUCUAGUGUAGAUUUUGAGCAAGCGAUUAUGAGAGAUUUCUGAUUAAUUUGAAACAGAAACAUGAUGGAGAGGAGCAUAGGGUGGGUCCCAAGUAAGAACAAUCAGGUUGUGCCAAGAGCCUGAAGCAGAUUUUCUUUAGUUGUCCUUGUUUUAAUGCAUCAGUAUUAGUGUGAUAUAUCAACAUUCAGUAGCAAAAUGAGCAAGGACCAAAAUUUCUUGUUUGAAUUUUAUCAGUUAGCUAGUUUUUUUAGGGUGGUAAAUUCUUUUGUGUUAGGGUUAAGCUUUUAUUCAUUAAAAGCAGAGACUUUAAAAAGCUCUUGAAAAGUCCCACCCAAGUGGAUAUAAGGUUCUGGGCCGGUUUGUAAUUGGGGCCUGCCAUGCAAAGCAAUGGCAGGAACCUAUUGCUAUUCUCCCAAGAAAAGUUUCUUUAUUAUUA